AAUCUAUUCAAACAUAUAAGUAAGCCCGAAAUUUCAAAGUUUUCGUCAGUUACCUAAACAUUUAACCGACUUUGUAUCCUCCUCUUUAUUGCUUUACAUUGGCAGAUUGAUUUUUCUAAGGUCAAUGAGCUUAACAAAAUGCAUUUCAAUACUGUUAAAACCGUUCUGACUACCGCAUAUUAUUCGAAGUUUAAUAAAAAAAACAGCCAAGUCAUGUUGAUUCAGGAGAAUAUAUUUAUCUAAACUACAGUUUCUCAGAACUAGUUUUAAUUCUAAUUAUAAAGAAUUGAGGUUAUGUUCGGCGACUAGAUCUUGUAAUUGGUGGUCAGUUCUAUUUUGUCUGAUAAAAAGAAAGUUUAUAAACAUAUUACUCAUGCUAUGCUUCAAGAUUACUGUUUUAUCGCAAUAUGAGUAAUCAAGACUGGAAAAUAAAAAUUUAAUACGCGAAUAUAAUAAGUCGUGUUAAAAAUAAAUUAAUUAGUGGCAUAGUGCUUAUAAAGCCGGUUCAAUAAUCACAUCACAGUAAUUUCGCGUCGCAAAAAUGCUUUUGAAAACCGUAUUAUUGUUCAGCUUUUUAAUAGCUUUUACCGCAGCGAAUCAUGAGAGAAAAUACGGUAAAUGUAGUUUUUUGGAAAAGAUUGUCAAAGGUGAGACUGGCUGUCGUUAUAAUCCAGAUGAAUUCUUAGAUGUGCCGCAAAUAAUAGCGAGGCACGGGUACAGAUCAGAAACCCACGUUGUGGUUACCGAAGACGGGUACUUGCUCAGAAUACACCGAAUACCAUCAAAGAAAAAUGGCGCUCAGCCGGUCUUUUUGCAACACGGAUUGCUUGGAAGCAGUGCAGACUGGAUUGUCAACGGAAAUAAUUCUUUAGCAUUUCUUUUGGCAGACUAUGGAUACGACGUCUGGUUAGGAAAUGCGAGAGGCAAUACGUAUUCCAAAGGACAUGUAUCGCUUCCAGUUGACAGUCCACAGUACUGGAACUUUAGUUUUCACGAAAUGGGAACCCAUGAUCUACCAGCAGUCCUGUACUACGUCACAAAUACCACCGACCAACCAGGGCAAGUGAUCUAUAUCGGCCACUCGAUGGGUACCACCAUGUUCUUCAUUUUUUCUUCACUUCUUCCCCAGGCAGCGAAGAAUGUCAAACUAAUGAUCGCCUUAGCACCUGUUGCGUACAUGACGCAUAUCAAGAGUCCCAUAAGAUAUUUCGCGCCUUUUUCGUACGAUAUCGAGUGGAUUGCAGAACAUUUUGGUUUCAACCAAUUUCUACCCAGCAACAAAGUACUGAAAUUCCUCGAGUACGACUGUGAACUUUUCAAAAUAGAUAGCGCAAUUUGCGAGAACCUGAUAUUCACUUUAUGUGGAUUUGAUAAACAAGAAUUCAAUGAGGAAAUAUUAGAUGUAGUGCUGAGCCACGAACCAGCAGGAACAUCAACAAAAACUGUUGUUCACUAUGCUCAAGAAAUUCGUAACGAAGGCAAUUUUCAACAAUUUGACUAUGGUGCUAAGGGGAAUAUGAUCCAGUAUGGGACUAAAACACCGCCAUUUUACAAUAUCAGCAACAUCAAGAGACCUAUUUAUAUGAUGUACGGACCCAACGAUUGGUUGGCAAACAUUAUUGACAUAAGAAGACUUGCCGCCAAUAUCACAACCUUAGUUGAUGUGUACAAAGUACAACUCGACUCAUUCAACCAUGUCGACUUCAUAUUUGGAAAAGAUGCUGAAAAGCUAGUUUAUAAGCCAAUACUCAAAGUUAUGAAAAAUUUUACUCAAUACUGAUAAUAUUUAAUAAUAGUGUUUGAAAAUGUACCAGUGAUGGGAAGCAAAUAUUUAAAAUAAUGUGUAAUGUGAUCUGUAUGAUCAUGACCUUUUCACAGCCCAAAACGAAGAAUAUAUUUGUUGUGAUAUAUGUAUACAGUUAAUAAAUUUAAUGGUUUACAUAUAUUUGAGAUGAAUAAAAAAUGAUUUAUUUUAUCACA